AGCAUUCUUUGUGCAACCUGAGCACGCGUACGUGAGUUUUUAUAUAUUACAAUAAAAACUCAAUUAUUUCAAACUGAGAUUUAUUAAACGCAAUAAGUUGUUUACUUUAAGUGCAAGCAAUUAGACGUAAUUUAGUUUGAAAUAGUUUACUUACUUUGUCGCGCGCGUCAUUGGCCAUUUUUCUUGCGUGUGGAAACAUGUCAGCUACGAUGUCAAGUUGUCAAAAGAUUAUUCAAGAUAAUUAUUUCUGUUGAAGAUUAAAAAACAAAAUACGAUAAAAAGACUUCGUCAGAACAAACAAACUGGCUUUACAAGAAAACUUACGACAAAACAGAAGACAAGACGAAAGUACGACGGAAAAUACUGACACUUUUCAGUUGAGAUCAGUUAUUUGCAAGAUGAAGAUACCAAUUCUCGUUGUCUGUGUGGCCGUGAUAUACGGAACUCUCGGCAUAUAUGCUGAAAAAAGUGUCGACAUAAUAAAAGGAAUAACACAUGACAGCAAUUACAUAUCGAAAUAUCCAAAUGCACCUCUGGUAAAAUCUCUCUCAAGACAAAAGAGAUGUCUCAUAAGAGACCUAAUGUCGCCAUUAGAAAUGGGAUUAAGAAUAGUAGGAUUUGCUGGAGAUAACGUUUUGACUAGAUCUGUAUCAGAGUUUAGAAAGUUUGUAAAUGAUAUAUUAUUAUGCUCAACAAAUAGAUCGAUAGAAAAAUUGUCUAUCGAUUUGGUCGAACAAAUGAUGCUGCAUCCGAUUGAAACGACCAAAGAUAUAUGGUGUUACUUCUUGAAUGCGAUGGAAAGUCAAAGCAAUGAAAUGAUACGUGCAACAACUUCAUUAUUAUCGCAAGCGUUCUUUAGAAUAUUUUUACCAGGAUUGCACACAAUAUUGAAUUACCUAGCGGAUGCUCACUUCUUACCUCUCAGUUUGAUGCCCAUGGUCGAAAUGUUUAAUUUAUUAUAUACUUUCUUGAAGCUAUUGGGAUAUGUCCCAUAAAGUGUUUAACUUCUUACUUUUUAAAACAAUUUAAAAACUAUAAGGAAAUAAUGUAAAACCUUUAAAACAGUAUUUAAACUUGUUGCUUGAUCGGUUUAUAAUUGAAUCUUUUUCUCUUCUCUCUCUCUCUCUCACACACACACACACAAUAAACUUUAUACAUCACAUUUGUCUAAAUUACGACAAUUGUUAUAUGUAUAUAUAAAGAGAAAAAAGUACAAUUUAA